AGUCUAUGAUCUGUUGUUCAUCUGUGGUUUGUUUAAUUGUAAAAAUGUCAAAGUGACAGCGUCUGAGCGGCGAAGGUUUCCAAACCAAAAAAAAUAUUGUAUAUUGUGGCGUUUAAAUUAUGAUACCUUAAAAAUUCCAGUUAUUUUAUACAUAAUAGAUGAUUAAAUUAUUAUGGCGAAUCACUAUGAAGUGCCCAGUUGGGCUGGCAAACCUCCGACAGGUUUGCACUUGGAUGUAUUAAAAGGAGACAAAUUGAUACAAAAGUUAAUGUUAGAUGAGAAGAAAUGUUAUUUAUUUGGCCGCAAUCCACAGAUGAAUGACUUUUGUAUAGAUCAUGCGAGUUGUUCGAGAGUACAUGCAGCAUUUGUAUACCAUAAAGACUUGAAUCGAGCUUUUCUUGUUGACUUAGGAAGUACGCACGGCACAUACAUUGGUAAAAUGAGAUUAGAAGCAAACAAGCCAACGCAGCUGCCUAUCGACUCUACCUUCCACUUUGGUGCUUCAACUAGGAACUAUAUUAUAAGAGAACGUCCAACUGGCAACUCCCGGGGUAUAAUGGAGGACCUACCCAACACGGAGACGGAGGGAGCUCUGCUAGGCCUGCCCGAGACACAGACUGAGUUAGAUAAUUUAACAGAGUUCAACACGGCCCACAACCGCAGGAUAUCCAUGCUGGGCAUCUCCACUGAGGAUGGCACUGAUGUUAUGAAGCCUGCUGCGGGAACGAAGCGUUCAUCCUCUACAUCAGCUGGUGUCGCCAAGAAGCGGCGCAACGUCAGCUUCAAUGAGGAGGUGGAUAUUAUCAACCCUGAGGAUAUCGACCCCAGCGUCGGCCGCUUCCGGAACCUCGUGCGCUCCACCAUCGUGCCCAGCGCAGCCGUCACCGCCAGGCGCGCCAGGCUGCAUGCCGACGACAGUCUGUCGGCGGUGCCGCAGCAGCACUCGCUGCGACUGCAGGAGAUGUCGCGCAGCGCGCUGUACGCGGACCUGCCCGCGCCCGCCGCGCCCGCCGCCUCCGCCGCCUCCGCCGCGCCCGCAGCCCCCACCUCGCAUCUCAGCAUCAUCGGCGCUAGACUGGGGCUGUCGCUGCCCAACCCCGCCCCGGACGUGGAGCUGGAGGGGCCCGAGCCGCAUCUCAGCGUGCACCCCCCCCUGCCGCACGCAGUUCCAGAAGAAGCAGGUCCGUCCAGCGAGCCUAAGAAGAAGAAAUACGCGAAGGAGGCGUGGCCGGGGCGGAAACCGGGGCUAAUAUCGGGCGUGUAGCCCCGCCCCCGCCCCGGCCCCGGCCCCCGCCCCGCCGGUGACGUCACAGACUAUACAGUAGUUGUACAUGGAUUACGUUAAGUGGAAUCCGAAGAGUGAUUUUUUUAUCGUUAGCCGCGUCUAAGUGUUGUUGUGGCUUAAUAAAUGAUGGCGGACA